GGGGCCGUUUUAUCAACGUGUCGCAGGUAACGACAAAAAUUGGUCGCAGACGUUAUUCUGCGACUUUGUCUUACGACCGUUUUACUAAAGGUGUCGUAGGAUCGAUGUCGCUACAAUGUCGCAGUCUUUGUCGUAGACAAUAAAUCACGCGAGUCACAGUCUGUGUAUACAUUUCCGGUGACGUCAAAUUGUUGUCUAUCACAAAAUGUCAGACGAUAAGGUCACUAAAAAAUCGAAGUGGAGCGAAGGGGAGGUUAUUUUGUUGAUGGAGGAGGUUACCGGGAAUGAGAAAUUGGGGAAAAAGUUUAGCCCGGACAACACAGCAGUUGAUAGGACCAGGUUUUGGUCUGAAACUACUAAAAAAAUCAAUGCUGUUGGAGGAAAGGAGAGGAAUGUAAAGCAGGUAGAGAAGAAAUGGAGAGAUCUUAAGGUCAGUGGAUCUAGUCAAACAAAAUCAAGGGAAGUGAAGAGGCGGACAGAGGCCAAGAAGACAGGUGGGGGAGUAAGCGAAGCGCCAUGUCUGUCAUCUUUGGAAGAGAAGAUACUUGGUACUCUACCAUCUUGUUCUUUGGAUGGAAUUCCUGGUGGGAGAGAUUCGAGUCUUGAUUCCAGUAUGCAUGAUGACAGUAAUUCCGAGACAAAUUUGAAUGAGAUUUUACAGACAAGAUCAGGUCAGUUUUUAGGUAUACUGUAAAUCUAAAAUAUUGGCAUAUGUCUAUAAAUCUACAGAUAUUGAAAAUAAAUAAAUAAUGUCAGGAUUUAUUGCAAAUUCUAUACUGUUCUAAAACUUCCAAAACAAAUCUCAUAAUUAAAUUUAGUACAAAACAGUUCUACAGCUGACAGUACAUGUAAGCAGUAUUCUUAGGCAUAAAAAUAUUUUGUUUCCCAGAGUAUCCAGACCCUAAAUGAAUUUAUGACACUGGAGAUUUUGCUUUCAACUGUGUAAUUAUUUCCAAAAAAGUCAGAUAGUCAUGCACCUGAUAAAAAAGUCAAAUCUAACUUCCCUGUUUGUUUAGCAUGUAAACAGAAACAAAGGAUUUUUAGACCUUCAAAGUGGUUAUAUACAACAAGCAUUUAUAAUUGCAGACAGAUUAUAAAUUACUUUUAGCUCAUUUGUCAUAUCUUGACAAGGUGAGGUUUGUGAAAGCUAGAUGUUCGUCAUUCAUUGUGUGUCAACAAUUUGUAAAGAAAACCUUCUUAUUCUUCAGAACCUCUUGGCCGAUUUACACCAAACUGCAUAGGAAUGAUACUUGGAUGGUUCCUUUUCAAAAUUGCCUAACAAAUUUAAUUACAUACAACACUUUAGUUGCCAUGGCAACCAGAAGGAAAUCUUCUAAAAUCUUUUCAAAAGCUGUAAGCUGGAUUUCAAAAACAUUUUGUAGAAAUAAUUUCUGAAUGACCCUCUACCAAACUUGCUAAAGCCAUUCUGUCUCAGUGGAAAAAAAAAGCUGGCUAAACCUAUAUAGUACAUUUCAAAAAUUUUCUCCAAAUCCACUGGGCCGAUUUACACUAAACUUCACGGAAAUGAUCCUUGGUUGCCCCCUAUCAAAAUUGCCAGAAUAAUUGAUGGAAAAACUUUAAACACUGUUCUCGUCCAAAACCACAAUAGCUAAGUGAUUUGAUAUUUGGUUUGUUGUAUCAUCUAAUGGUCAUCUACCAAGCUAGUUCAAGUUAUCACCCUAGGGUCAAAUAUGCUCCAGUCCUUGGGGGUUAUAUGGUUUAAAUGGACUUAUAUACACUUGGAAAAUCGUAUUGUCCAAAACCACAGGGCUUAGGGGUUUGAUCUUUUUUAUGUAACAUCAUCCAGUGGUCCUCUACUGAGAUUUUUCAGAUUAUCCCCAAGGGUUAGAUAAUGGCCCACCCCAGCGGUCAAAUAGUUUAUUAUAGACUUAUACAGGGAAAAAAUUUUAAGAUGUUCCUGGCCAAAACCAUAGGUCAUUGGGCUUUGAUAUUUGGUAUGUAGCACCAUCAAAUAGUCCUCUACCAAGUAUGUUCAAAGUAUCACCUAGGGUCUCAAGGGGUCAUAUGGUUAAUAUAGACUUAUCAUAGGGGAAAACUUGGAACAUCUUGUCCAAAACCACAGGGUAUUGAGCUUUGAUAAUUGGUAUGUAGCAUCAACUAUUGGUCCUUUACCAAGUUUUUUUUCAGUUUAUCCCCCUAGGGUUAAAUAUUGCCAGGUUGGGUACCAUGGUUUAAUUAGAGUUGUUUAGAAAAAAAAUUUCUUGUCUGAAACCACAAGACUUAGGCCUUAGAUGUUUUGUAUGUAGCAUUGCCUAGUGGUCCUCUACACUGAAAUUAUACAAUUAUGCCCCUUAGUUGAAAAGAGGCACCAACCAGGGUAACUCAAGUUUUACAUAGACU